UGCUGAAAGACCCGCUCUCCGUGCCAGCACAAAAGCUUCCUUGCCUCAGAUUGUUUGUUUAUGCAAAUUAAAACGGUGCGUUUAAUUAUGCAACGGGCCGAGGCUCAGCAGCCAGCGAGGUGCUGAUUGGAUCGCCCCGUGGCCAGAGCCCGCGGGCAAGCCCUGGCCACACCGCGGGCGCGCCCGCGGACCCCGCUCUGCCCCAGCGCCCGCGGGAGAGGAGACGCGCCUGGAGCCUCGGCGCAGGGGAGCAAAACCCCCGGGGGCGGAAGGGGUGAGGAGUAGCUCUCCCCGCCCCGGGGUGCAGGAGCGGGGCCCCCCGAGCUCCACGGCCCCGGUCGGCGGGCACGGCCCGGCCCGGCCCUCGGCAUGACAGAAGAAAUCCCAGCGGCAUCCAGCAUGCCCGAGUGCAACGGGAGCGUACCCCCGGAGAAGGGCCCGCUCCAGGUCGUCGGUGUCAUCGAUGAAAUAGCAAAAUCCACCGGGACGGUUCCUUAUGCGAAUGCAGAAACGAGCCCUGACGCUCCGCCUGCGGAAGAAAAUCAGGAGGAAAAUAGAAAUUCAUUGGCAGCUCGUGGGGAAUUUGAUGGAGAGAAGCAAUGCGAAGAAAAGCGAGAGGAAAACGAUGGGACACUACAGCAGGGAUCAGCCGAGAUCCAGGACACGGGGGCUGAGGGCCAGGCACCGGAGGAAGGGCCGGGCAGCGAGGGGACGUCUGCGGGCAGCGGGGAGCGAGAGCUGGAGGCUGGCGGGGGGGCGGCGGGGACCCCCCCAGCCAGCGGCGACGGGAGAGGGAGCGCAGCCGAGGAGGAGGAGGAGGAGGAGGUGGAGGAGGAGGAGGAGGAGGAGGAAGAGGAGGAGGAGGACACUGAAGAGGAUGAAGUUCAGGUGAUUGAAAUGAAGAAGAACAGCGAGGCGGCCUGUCUAAAGCAGCAAGAGAGCGGCAAGGAGGCAUCUCCCCCAGCCAGCCCCCGCUGCAACUCCCAGGUGGAGAAACCGGGGGAGCAGCCCAGCCUGGGGAAAAAAAAUGAUAUCUCCAGACACAGCUAUUCCCGAUACAACACAAUCUCCUACCGGAGGAUUAGAAAAGGAAACACCAAACAGCGAAUUGAUGAAUUUGAAUCCAUGAUGCACUUAUAAACUGAGGUGGAGAAUUGCUUAACAAGCCGAGCGUUCACUCUGGUUUUGGGUUUUCUUUUUUCUUUACCCCAAGACAUGUCUCUUCACACAACACGAGGUCCCUGCUUUUUUCCUUUUUGUAUAUGAUUUCAUAAUACACUGUGAAAAUUUAACAUCUUCGCUUUGGCAGCAGGCAGAGGCAUCCAUAGCGCAGGAAAAUAAAUAAUCAGUUUGCUAAAUGUAAUACCAUUUGAUUUAAAGUUUAUCUUCUUGUUUUCUAUCCAACUUUUGUAACUCUGUUCAAACAAUAGGAUGUCUUGCACUGGCCGGGACUCCUCUCGCUGCUGACACGCGCGGGGGCCAUGCCGUCAGCCGUGCUGGCAAUGAGUUGCCAGCGCAGCAGCGCGGUGGCACCGGCCAGGGCAGCGUCAGUAAUAAAAGAGACGACUGUUUGCA